AUGGCGUCAACAGCAAGAACCCUUUUACUUCUCUUCACUUCAAUCCUUCUUCUAUUGACCAUCUUCUGUUUUCUGACUCCCUCCCACUCUUCAUCUCUGAUUCAUUUUCAUGGCCUUGAAAGGGUACUUGCAUGGCUACAGUAUGAAAGAAACAGCAGUACUGGUGUUGAAUCUUUCACCACUGAGCCCCACAGCUCUUACCAGGAUUUGGAACCUCACUAUGCUGCAAAAGAUCACCACAGUUUGGGAGAUUUUCCACAACCUGCAGCCUACAAUAUUGUUUCUCAAACUCUUAGAAACUCUCACUACUCCAGUGAAACUCAUUCUUCUAAUGAUGAAAAGUAUUCUAGUCAAGAAAAUUUGGAAGCACCACUAAUACUUAAUAUCUUAGAGUCCAAUAAAGAAGUUCAGAGUUUUAAGGUGAUUUCAAGUAGUAAAGAAUUACAUUCAAACUAUAAUGGAACAUCUGUCUACUUCAAUGAAAGUGAGGCAGGCACACCAGAAACAAUCCAAGAAACACAAGGAGUGCUUGAAGUCAAUCGAGAUUUUGGAAGUUCCAAGAUCAUGGCAGAUUCUGUGAUUGUAGUAAACGAUAAUGGUGUAUCUCUCUCUCCCAGUUAUGCCCAGAGUGAUGAGAUUAGUGACACUCCCAAUGAAAAAUCGGAUCAAUCUCCCGUUAUACCUUUCAAAGAAACGGAACUCAUAGCAUUGAGCAAGAAGAAUUUCAGCAACUUUGUGACAGAGAGAAAAUAUGUUGCAGUGCAUUUCUAUUUGUCAUGGUCUAAUUGGAGCUAUGUUCAAGCUUUAGAAUAUGCAGCAGCUGCAACUAUGUUGGAGAGCAAGGUGGUGUUUGCCAAAGUUGAUGCUUCUGUGGAAAAGGAGUUGGCAAGGGCACAUAAAUUUGUGGGCUGCUCAACUAUGUAUUUCUUCAUUGACGGAGUUCCCUCACAUACUUAUCGUCAUUGUUGUAAAAGGGAUGCUGUUGUGUCUUUCUUGAACGAGAAGAUGAAAGGCGGUGUUCAUAAUAUUACAAAACCAUCACAGGCACGAGACAUACUGAAGACUGACUCUAUGAUAAUUCUGGCUUUGAUUGACAAUCUAGAGGGUCCUGACAGUGAGGAGUUUUCUGCUGCUCCUUCAAAGUUGGGAGACACUGUAAUCUUCUAUCGAACAGCUAGUAAAUAUAUUCCAACAAUAUUUCACAUCGACCCAGAAGUCAAACGACCUGCAUUGUUCAUGCUGCGAAAGGAUGCUGAAACAUCCAUCCAAUUUGAUGGUCCUUUCACUAGAUCGGCAAUGGCAGACUUUGUAUCCGAGAACAAAUUUCCUUUAGUAACCACUUUCAAUGGACACAAUGCUCUAUCCAUUCUUAAGAAUAAAAUGCAACAGUUAUGGCUUUUUGCCAACAAAAAUGAAACAGAGAAGGUUAUGCCCACAUUCAAAGAGGCUGCAGAUGUUUUUAAUGGGAAGAUGUGUACACUGUAA